CCCAACGCGAUAACCAGCACUGGUUGUUAAUGUUAGUAAAGAAAAACAAUUAGGGUAAAAAAUAAAAGAAUUGGCGCACUUUUGGCAAACAAAACUAAGCAAUAUAAAAAUAGCUAAGCAAUCAGCAAGGUAAAUGGCAGAGGUCACCAACAAAUGCUAAAUGCAUGGAAGCAGUGCAAACGAAGAACAGUUUUGGCUUGUAAACGACUUCAGCACUAGAGUUGUGGUAUAUCCUGGUUUAACAAUGACGACCACAACACCCACCCUGCAAACGCGCAUUGCACUUGCUGAGAUUCCUGAUCGCUUGGAGGCGCUCCGAGUGGGCGUAACGCAUACACCGACAAAUGCUCGCCGCCCACCUGAUGAGCCCACGCCAGCCACAACAGCCAACACUCCCACGGGAACAGCCAACGGUGGCCUGGGACUGCGUGUGGACAACGAUAUGAAUGUGGCUCAGGCGCAGGACUUUAGCUUCUCACCACUGCCAUCGCCAGAUGAAUUGAUUAUACGCCAGCGCGGGCGUCGCCGUUUCACCACAACCUUCUCGCCAGACAAUUGCGGCAUUGCAGCCGGCAGCAGCAGCACGAAUGCUGUGCGUAGUCCCUUCCAGCGCACACCCACCAAAAAUCUACAAUUAACCAGCGGCAUGAUACUGCGCAGCUCGCCGCGUAAACGUCUAACUAUGGGCAGCACACCACCUGAGCCAAUGGCCAUGGAUACAUAUUCGCCCCUUAAAUUGAGCAGCACCAAGCAACAGCUCUGGCCAGGUACGCCGAUUGUCAAGAAACUAAAAAUGGACGAUCACCCAGUGGCGCAGAGCAAUAGCGAUGUGCCGCUGCCAACGCUGCUGCAGGGUCUCUCACAGCAGCAGCUCAUCGAUAUAAUCAUGUGCAAUAUUAAGCAAGACACAGUGACGGCCACACAAAGCGCUGAGGAACAAAUACGCACACAACUGCCCACACCAGACAUAAGUUUGUUGGAGCAGGAGUUACACUAUGCCAAGCGAUUAAUCUUCAAAUCACUGCCUACCUCGCGCCUGUGCAAGAAAACAGACGCCGCUGCCUACUCCAAGGCAGCCAUACACCUGCACGAAUUCAAGCGCUUGCUUCAGACACAAGCCAAGCGCUUGCACGACUCCACGCACUGGGAUGCGCUGAUAGAUUAUGUAAACAUGGCCUGGCAAUGUGUGGCCAGCACGCCCAACUGGGAAAGCAAUUCGCACAAUGCUGUGCGACGUCAAUGUUUCAAAUUGUUGGCCUGCUCCUGCUAUGCAGCAAUCAAGAACGGCGGCAUACGGCUGGGACAGACACGACUGGAGGCUCUGGAACGCAAUCUGCGCGAGUGGUCCAAGGACUAUGAGGAUGUGCUGUCCUGUGUGAAUGUGCUGCAGCGCACGCUGAACAAUCGUACCAGCUUAUAGAACUCUGCAAGUUGGUUAGACUACUACGCAUAGAAUUAGGACCGACUUGCUGAGCUUGAGGUUUAGUGGACCGUUUUAGCAUUUAAGCCAAUCAUAUUUGCCAUGUUUUUAAUGACUCCAUGAGCAACAACGAGCAACAUUUACACUUUUAAUUCUGUUUAUGCACUACGUGUUGUUUAUUUGUACGCUUAAUUUGUAAUUUUACUGCAUGCAAACGAUCACAAAACAAUCUAUGUAAUAUUUUUAAGCUAUAGUACGAAUGAAAC